AUGGAUUUAUAUGAAGAAUUAGCUGUUGCCAUAGUAUUCAUAGAAGUUACUGCUGUAGUUAUAUACGUAUUUCGAAAGCUGUUACAGGAACGUAAACGUAAAUCUAUCAAUGAUUCAAUAUCAGCCAAAAGUGGUCAUUACUGGACACGAGUCAAUUAUGUCGAUCGAGGAUUCUUCUGUGCCUCUUGUAAAACACAUUUGCUCUCUGGUUAUGAGUGUGAUUAUUGUACCCUCAAAGUAGAUGAGGUAGUUUGCUGUUUUUUCUUGAGAACUUUUCUAAACCACCCUCAUUUUUUUGCAUGCUCGAUGAUCCCAGGAAAUAUUGAUUCGGAUCAGUUCUGUUGUAUAUGUGAUGAACUGUGUGGUGGUGGUGUCAGCCUACAGGAUUACGCUUGUUGUUUGUUGAUACAUUCUCCCUGUAUGAAGAAGCUGUCAUUUAAUGUGUGUGAUUUUGGCCAGUAUGGUAAAUUCACUUUCCCUCCCAACAGCGUUACAACUAGAAAAGCUGGAAAAAAAUUGGUUGUUGACCGGCUAGAUUUACCCGAACAGAAAGACUUCAAGCCUAUAAUUGCAUUAGUGAAUACCGUUUGUGGCUCUUGUACUGGAAAAGUUGUGUAUAGAAGCUUCCUUCGUCAUCUUCAUCCAAGACAGGUUAUAGACGUACAGAAAGAAAAUGUGAAAGCUGCUCUACAAUGGAUCGAUGACUAUCCCGAGGUAAUUGAUGUAAGACUUGUUGUUGCUGGUGGAGAUGGAACAAUAUCGAAUGUGUUGGAAACACUCGAGCAGUUCAAUAGAAAACCACCGAUGGCUGUUCUACCACUUGGAACUGGAAAUGAUUUGUCGAGAGUACUGGGAUGGGGUAGUGGCACAGAUGGUGAUUUGAAUAUUCUAGAGUAUUUGAACGAUGUCUAUGCUGCGGACGUACAGAAGUUGGAUAGGUGGAAUGUGAUGAUAAAGUCGAAAAAUCAAUUUGGGAGACGUACUGUCAUUACUAAUAAGAAAAUGAGUAACUACGUAUCGAUUGGAGUAGAUGCCAGUGUCACAUUUGGUAUGCAAACUACAAGAAAGUCGAUUCCGAAAGUUCUGAGCAGCAGGCUUCUUAACAAAUUUCUUUUUUUCUCGUUCGGUACCAAGGAUGUGUUCACCCGAACCUGCAAAGGACUGCAUGAUAAUAUUUCACUUUAUUUAGACGACAAAUUAGUUGAACUACCAGGGAUCGAAGGUAUCGUAUUUCUCAACAUUCAAUGUUGGGGCGCUGGUGUACAGCCGUGGAAACACGCGGAUGAAGAAUUGCCACAGAAGAUAGAUGACGAGGUGUUUGAAGUAUUCGCAGUGACGUCUUCGUUUCACAUCGCUCAAAUGCAGGUCGGCCUGGCUUCACCGCUGUUCAUUGGGCAGGCGAAAAAAGCCGUGGUUGUGACGAAAAAUGGAUCAGUUCUUCCGAUGCAAUGGUACAUUUUCUUUCUUUAUGACAAAUACAUACUCAUACUCUUACGUUGGUUUUUUUUGGAGAAAUUCCUGUGA